AUGGCAUCCGCUUCAGAGCCAGGAGACUCUGCUCCUUCCUCUGUCAAUCUUCGCACUCACAACCAAUACGUCGUCCCUCCCUUACAUCGAGAUCAGCUCAAUCCCAAUCCAUUCAAGCAAUUUAACGAUUGGUUCACUUCAGCAUUGAACCCUAAAGAAGGCGAGCCAGUGGAGAAAGAACCUGAAGCAGUCAUCAUCUCCACCGUGUCGUCCGAAGGCAUCCCUUCGAGUCGGGCAGUGUUAUUGAGGACAGCCGAUGAACGAGGUUUCGUCAUCUUUACAAACUACAAUUCUCGCAAGUCUCAAGAAAUCUCAUCGACAGGAUAUGCGAGCUUGGUGUUUUAUUGGAAAGCGUUGAGUAGACAAGUCCGAGUCGUAGGCAAGGUCGAAAAGGUUUCAAGGGAAGAAUCCGUAGAGUAUCACAAUACCCGUCCGAGGGGCUCUCAGAUUGCAGCUUGGGCAAGCGAACAGAGUAAAGAGGUGGAAGAUGGGGAGGUGGCGAGGAGAGCUGAGGAGCUUGGCAGCAAGUCUGGAGACGACCAAAUUCCUUGUCCUGAGCAUUGGGGUGGAUGGAGGAUUGUACCAUUUGAGAUGGAAUUCUGGGUCGGUCAGCCGUCAAGACUUCAUGACCGGUUCAGAUACACCCGACCGCGAGAUGUUCAAUCGUCAGAAUGGAACGUCGCAAGGUUAGCUCCGUGA